AUGACUUCUUUAAAAGAAAAUGAUGUUACUCCAAACAAAGAUUUGGCAGUUGAAGUACUAAAUCUGAAUUUUAGCCUCGGGGGACCACUAAUUCUUCAAAAUUUGCAUUUGGAAUUACAUAAAGGAAGCAGGUGUUUAUUGGUCGGUGCUAAUGGAGCUGGCAAGUCUACAUUAUUGACUAUACUUGCUGGAAAACGAAUGGUCCAUGAUAGAGUUAAUGUGUUUGGAAAGAAUGCUUUCAGAGAUACACCACCGGGUGUAACUUAUCUUGGAACUGAAUGGGCAAAUAAUCCUGUGGUUCGAGGGGAUAUUCUAGUUUCCACCUUACUAUCGAACAUGAAAGGCGAUAAAUACGUCGAGAGACGUGACGAAUUGAUUGAAAUUAUGGAUAUUAACCCUAAUUGGAGGAUGCAUCAAGUCUCGGAUGGUGAGAGACGCAGAGUACAAUUGGUGUUAGGGUUGAUUCAACCGUGGGAUCUGUUGUUGCUGGAUGAGGUUACAGUGGAUUUGGAUGUUUUGGUUCGUA